UUCUGCUCCUCCUCCUCACUGCUCUUCUAGUCUCUUCCCCAUCACUCUCCUCAGUCCUCCCCUUCUCUCACAUUAAAAACGACGACCCCUGCAAUCUUCGACCCCACUAAUAGAAGAGUAUCUGCUCGGUUUCAAUCUCCUCUCACUACCCCCACCGCCCCAAGGCCGUUCAGUGUCAGAUUCGUCCGAAAAACCACUCUAAUCUUGAUUGUGUAGUGUACAGCUCUAACCCAGAGAAGGUAAAGGUACCUAUGAAGAGUUCAGUAUAAUCAAUGGAAUGGCACCCUAGUGUGACACUGCAUAAACAGUAAACACACCCUUCAAUUUACCCAAGGUCUUGUUUGGAAAGGUGGAAAAUUUUCUUAAAACCCAGUCACCCUUUACUUAUUUAUGGCUAGUAGUUCAAAAGGAGGGGGAUUUCUCCAGUCUGAUCAACCAAGCCUUCUUCCUCCAUGGCUGUCUAAUCCAAGCACCCCAUCUGUUCUUAGACCCACAGCCCCAUCGGUUGCCUUAAGUCUUUCCCCAUCCACACUACCGCAACCCUCUCCUGCAAUCCCAUGGCUUCAGUCCGACAGAGGGCCCUCCGGUUUUCCAGCUCAUCACGGAGAUAACAACCCAUUAGUUGCUGAACUUAUGGAGUGCUGUAGAAAUGUGGAAGAAGGGCACCGCGUUUGGACCGCGCAUAAGAAAGAAGCAGCUUGGAGAUUGAGACGGGUGGAAUUGCAGCUGGAGUCUGAGAAGGCGUCGAAGAUCAGAGAGAAACAGGAGGAAAUUGAUUUGAAGAUAAAAGCUUUGAUGGAAGAACAGAGGAUUGCCCUGGACAGGAUUGAGGGUGAGUAUAAGGAACAGCUGGCGGUGCUGAGGAGGGACGCUGAAGCUAAGGAGCAAAAGUUGACAGAGCAAUGGGCUUCCAAACACAUUCGUCUCACCAAGUUUCUUGAGCAGAUGAGUUGCCCACCGCCAAGGGAGGCUAGCGGCCAGUAGAUUCAGUUAUUCAUUCCCGGUGUACGGAUUCUUAAGAAUGGCUUUGGUUAGUGCAUGCAUCAAGCAUGAUGCUUUUCUUACUGCUGAAAUUUGUUUUCCACGCUUUUCAUCUCAGAAAAUUUAGCAGACAGUUAUUUAAGCCAUAUAAUCAUAAUUACCGAGCAGGAUCUUAAGCUAUUUAAAACAAGACAUAAAU